GAUCAGUUCAGUUUGAACGAUUAGUGCGCAAGCCGUCUCCAUCCGUCAUCGUCGUCGUCGUCGUCGCUGGUAGUGUUGCGACGUUCUUGCGUGGACGUGUUCUUCCUGCUGCGAUCGGUGCUGGCGCAAACUGGUCGCGCAUAUCCUGACGCGCGCGUUCAAGGAGCAGAGGCAGCCGUGUAUUUGCCGUAUUACCUUCGCGGUGUAGUUGUGACGACAAGUGACGACAGUGUGUGUGUGAGCGUCGAAUGGUGACACUUGGCUCAGUUUAUGGUGUUUGUGUACUAGUUACUUUAUCUGUGUAGUGCUAUCGAAUCCGGUCGGUAUAAACGCACCGCACAGCGCACGUAAACAAUAACAAAACGCGCCCGCCUGUUCCAACCUGUUGUGCGGGUUAGUGUUUAUCUUGCCGGUGUGCAGUGAAACCGUUCCCCGGUGGCCAACGAUAAAACAUGCCGGGAAAGGAUUGCUACGAGCCGAGUUUUGGUGCGAUCGUGGGUGCGUACAAGUCGCCAGUUCUAGUGUCCCCGCAAGCUGGUGCGCAACAACACCCGCAGGAGCAACAGCCACAGCAGCAAGGCAUCGAUAACGGAGGUAAACAGGCGGCGGACGAUAGCGAACCACCGGACACUGGCAUUAUCGGGCCCGGUGCGCGCCCAGUAUCGGAACGAGCAUCUCCGGGCGCGUCGCGUGCGGAAAGUGAUAGUGCGGACCAUCGGGCACGUGAAGCGGACGAUCGGGAAGCGACGGUGCCGGACGCGAGUGCGACACACGACACGUUGACCGGUGGUGGAACGGCGGAAGCUGGUGCGACGAGUGCGGCGAGUGGUAACACACCCUCGGUGAUAACGUCCUGCUCGAAGGUGCUGCUCGGCACGGACCCGGUAAAGGGGCCGGCGUACGGUGCGGAACAGCCGCUGCAGGAGCAGGAAGCGAGCCCGGGCUCCAGCUCACCGCCCCGCUUCUCCACCCUGCAAACCGUCAUCAACAGCAGCAGCAGCAGUGUUGGCGGAUAUCCGGCGGCGUACCAACACCACUGGCCGUGCGAUUUAACCUACAAACCGGUGGACCAUCGGCCCGUGUCGUCCCCCUCGAGCGAGCCGUCCGCGGGGGAGCUUACCCGUCACCCAACGCCAUCGCGCGGCGCCUACAUCGGCGAACCGGACGUGGCCUCCUCGCCCUCCCAGGGCCAUCUGGCCGUGGUGAGCCACCUGAAUCCGCUGGUCUGCUCGACGGCGGACCCAUCCCUGCUAGGCGGAAUGCGCGGCAACCUGCUCUCGAUGUACUCUUCGUAUGCGUCUCCGCUGGGCGGUGGCCCGCACCACCAGCACGACCACCUGGACGAGGCCACGGCCCUGCACCAUCACGUACAGGCGCAGGAUGCGCAUCUGCGAGGGGACGACGAAAUGUCGGCAAUACAUCACCAUCUGCACCAGCAACACCAUCACCAGCAGCAACAGCAGCAGCAGCAUCACGCACAGCAUCAUCACCAUCAUCAUGAUGUGGUCGCCCAGCAGCACAGCAUCGACGACAUGAUUGCCGACACGCUCAAAGACGAACAGUGCGGCAUGGUCGACAGCUACCUUACCCCCACGCUGGUGAGCGAUCAUCACCAUCAUCUCGGUGACUCGCCCACCCAUCAUAACGUGCAGCAGCAUCAUCACCAUCACCAGCAGCAGCAGCAUCUGUCGCAACAUCACCUGCAGCAGCACGGCUUGCACGAAUCGAAGGAGUACGCCAGCAUGUACCACAACAACAACGACAAGAGCGUGAUCAACUACAAUCAUGCGGCCACGAUCGCGGCAGCGCAUCACCAGCAGCAGCAGCAGUCCGACCAUCACCAGCAAAACACUCACACCCAUACCAGCAGCGGUGGCGAUUCGCGCAGUCCCGAGUAUUCGCACGCGCACGACGAGUACGACGGUGGGCUGCAGAGCUUCACUCAGUUGAUAAAUGUGCCUCGAGCGAGCGAUACGGCAGCGUCGAUGUACCACCACCGCCACCCGAUGUCAGCGGAGAGCGAUGCCGGCACGGCCGCUGGCGCCACGCCGAACGGUGGCCAAACGCCGACCACCACCAACACCGCCACCUCGUCGCCCGGUCCGGCCGAUCAUCUGGUGCAGCUCGGUGGGACAGGCCCGCAGGCGGGAGGCCCCGGUGCCGUGCUGCUACAUUCGGUCGAAAAUGGUACGGGAGCCCAGGAGCCGGGCACAGUUACCGGCACCGAUGGCAGCAUCUCCCUGUACGACACGCUGCAUACGAGCGUUCUGGCGGGCGGCCCUUCGUACGGUCGCUGUUCGUUCCCGAGCAUGCAGUACUUCAACGGCAACCCGACCGAUCAUCUCUGGUCGAGCGGCGUAUCCGGUCUGGAGAACGAUUACAUGAAAGGUUCCCUGCCCGCGUUCCAGCGGAUCGUUUCCGGGACCAACACGUCCCGCACCAAUCCGUACAGUGCCGUCUCGACGUCGUACGCCCAGCAGCAGAAUGACACAUGGUCGCAGCACUACGAUACGGGCAGCAUCGCGUACAGUGUGGCCACCUCCAGCACGACCCCGGUGACGGUGAACAGGCGGGCGGCGGUGGCAGCAGCGGCCGCCGCGGCAGCCGUGGCCACCACCACCACCACGCACUUUCCAGCGGCCGCCUCCCUGACAGCACUGGGCCUCGAUGCGGACUUGUUUACGGAGGGACGAGAGUGCGUCAACUGUGGUGCCAUUCAGACGCCCCUCUGGCGUCGCGACGGAACGGGCCACUACUUGUGUAACGCGUGCGGACUCUAUCACAAGAUGAACGGCAUGAAUCGUCCGCUGGUGAAACAACCAAGACGUUUGGUAAAAGAUCCUAGCUCGGCAAGACGUGUAGGACUGCAAUGCUCUAACUGCAACACAACCAACACUUCGCUGUGGCGCCGCAAUCAAGUCGGUGAACCAGUCUGCAAUGCGUGUGGACUGUACUACAAACUGCACAACGUGAACCGUCCACUGGCGAUGAAAAAAGAUAACAUACAGUCUCGUAAGCGCAAACCGAAGGGAAGCAAAAAUAGCGAUGGUAACGGCAAGAGUAAUGCUAGUAACGCUUCGGCUAACCGUCAGACCAAUUCGAGCAGUAGCAGCCUAGCCGAGACACCGAAGAAAACAGAUGGUCUCAAGUUGAUGAAUAUUGCGGAAAACUCUUCUUUCGACAAGCUGCUGCCAUCGUCACCGUCAAGCGAGGGCAGCAAUCAGUCGCCCGCGCACCAUAACCAUAUGUCCCCGAUCUGCUACACGCAGCAGGUCCCCUCGCCAAUCACCAGCACUUCCUCGAGCGGAGCAAUCGUUAGCAACAGCAAAUACAACAACCAGCAACCCAAAGCCACCAAUGCCUUUUUGCUACAGUCGCCCACACCGAUGAACAUGUUCGUCGGCAGUCCCACGGGCGGUAUCGGGUCGGGUCAGCAUCACCACCAUCAGCAUCAUCAAUCCACGGCUGCCGCUGCCACCGGGGCACUGAGCCCGGUGAGCUACAGUAUGGCGGGCGUUGGGCAUGGAAACAAUAACGGAUCGAUCGUUAGCUCCAAGUAUCAGCAAAGCCCACCGCAAUCGCCCGAGGACAUGCUGUACUACGAUAUGCUGCCGGCCGAUGUGAACGGUAGCGUCGAUCAGCACUCGCUGGGCACGAUUGUAAAGAUGGAACCGAUGGGUGGAAAUCACUACGCCAGCUACCAGCAGGCACUGCACCACGAGGGUCACAUGGUUGGAACGCUUGGCCACGGUCAGCACGGACCGGGGGCGCACAAUCACAGCCGCAGUCCUUCGGUCGCGGAUGAGGAGAGUGAACAGGCUCACGGGCAACAGGAGAUGAUCGAGAGCAAGCACAACAUCAACCGCCCGACCGUGGUAUCGAUGACGCGAUAAGGUGCUGGAACAGGUGACGUGAAUGGCGCGAAUUGUCACACGUGUACAGAUGGACGAAUCUCGAAUGGUCGUUUGUUUCUGUCUUCAGGGAAGCUUCUCAUACCAAAUGAACUGAAUAACGCAAAAGACUCGACGAAUGUUAAGAACAUGUUAAGAAUGUAGGAUUAAAGCGUUAGCUCUACUGCACGUACAGCACCGCACACGCACAAUGGGUUAGCUGUAAGAAGAUGGUGGAGCAAUGCAGCAGAAAGAUGGGAACAAUGCAUCUCCACCGAAAGGAGUGCGAUAUUGUCCAUUCCUCAAUUAGUGCAAUUAUGACAUUAGGUGUAAUGUAGUAUAAAGCAACAACCACACAAAAAAAGAACACUAUCCGACACUCUACCACCGUUUGGUUAGUUGUCAUUUACUUUAGGCUACAGAAAGGAUGGGUCGAGUGUAUCUUCUAAUCACGUCAAUGAGUAACAAUCUCUUAGCAAAUAUUAUGCAAUUUCUUUAUGAUGUAAAUGUUUUGAUCUGAUCGAAUGCAGGGGAUAUUAACAUUAGAAUAGCUGUAUAUAAUGUUCCGAAUUACUCUAGCAUCGAGCUGGAAAGCAAAACAAAAUGUACAGAAAUUAUCUGCUCUCUGGAUACUUCGCAAUCGUUCCAAAUUUGUUUUUAGCAUACAGUAGCAUAGCAUUAAGUUUGAAAAGUGCUGGCGAGUGGAAUGUGUGUUAAAAGGAAAACAGUUAGCCAAGUUUUGUAUAAUAAUCGUUUGUUCAGUCCUAUUUUUGCAAGAUAAUUUUAGGUUUUUUUUUAAUGAGCAAUCAACACAACUCGUAAUAAUUCUAGACAUUUAAUUCAACAUGAAAUAAUAAACAUAAUUUUAAAUAUAAACUGGUGUUAUUUACUGAGCUCCGUUAGCAAACAAUUGUAGAAGUGGUUGUGUGACGACGUAAUUGUAAAUUGUACGAUCAAAACCCAACAGAUUCUUGUGAUUAUGCAGUGAUGAAAAGAGAUAUAUUAUAACUAGAUCGAAUGUCUGAAGAGCAACGAAUCACCUAGAGAAGGUCAAAACUAAACAAAGCCACUGUAACGUUUCAUUUACACCUUCUUACGUACAAACAAGGGAAUCCUUAGGGAAUCCGUACAAACAAGGAAACAGUGUACUUGCAUUUUUAGAAUCACUUGCUUCAGUAAUUUGCGAAAAACAAAAAAAAUGUGUGCUCGUGUAAGGUCAGUGCUGAGCUUUGAAUGAAAUUUGUGCAAAAUUUAUUUUGGUAUCUCCUACUGCACCAUUACUAUCUCGGGAAAAUAUAUUUGAAGUAAUAAAAAGAAAAUAAUAACACUGCAGCUUUCUCCGCCGUACACAUGCGACACAUCCUCUAACGGGUCACUUUUUCUAGAUGAUCUAGGCCGGAGGUUAUUAAACUUUGUGGCAAAUAGAGUCAAAAGGAACAAAUUCCUAAUGUAAGCAGCAACGUUGUAGCGAGCAACUUUGCUUAUUUUGCUGAUAGCUGAUUUGAACCUUUUCACCGUACACGUGUGACUUGAAUUGAAUUGGCAGGCAGGAUUUGAAGUCCUGUUCCCAACGUUGCGAUGAGUUAAUUUUGACAUGUUAGCUUCCCACCAUGCUAAAAAUUUCCACGAAAUUAGUAAUGCGCCCAGUCCAAUCAUAAUAAUAACUUUUAAUGUUAAUAUUAUUAUUGUUAGCAGAUUCCUCUCCAUGAAUCAUAGUCACCAUCAUGAUCAUCAUCAUCAUCACCAUGGGCAUUAUUCAAGGAAAGAGCUGUGUAUGUGUAUGCGUAACAGUACAGAUAUUUGUUGCCUGUUGGUGUUGUAAAGACGGUGAAUAUAAGCGCUUUCUGAUAUGGGGCGUGAUAUAGAUAACGCUUAUGUACUGUAGCAGCUUUUUUCUCACUCUUUUCCGACCAACGUCCCCGAACGUUACUUGUAUGUGUGUGUGUGUGUUAAUGUGAAGAGAGUGUAGAUGUAACGGUGGUGCAAUCACUUGGAACCACAAGCUCAAUAAAGCAUACAUUU